AUCUUAUCAGAGAGCAAAUAGGCGUGAUGCGAUUAACCCAGAAAGGUUCAUUGUAGUGUUUUCUAUCGACGAAACAAUAAACGAGGUAGUGUCUUAGUGGCCCUUUUGUCUGUUUUCGGUGCGAAAUGGCUGGAAAAGGUGACGGUGAAGGUGAAGGAAACGUUCUCAAGUUGGAAAAUCAAAUUCUUGUCAUCAAAUAUGUGAUUCUCUUCACGAACAUCAUCCUCGCGAUGAUCGGCCUGAGUUUGCUCGUCUUGUGCAUCUGGCUGCGAGUGGAGCCUGGAAUUGCCGAUUUUUUGGAAAAGUUGAACAGCACUGAUUUUUACAUCGGGCUGUAUGUCUUGAUCGUUUGCGCUAUACUUGUGAUGAUCGUCUCAGUUAUUGGGUGUCUAAGCGCUCUGCAAGAGAGUGCCUUGGCUCUGCUGGUGUAUAUCGGAGCUCAGGUUUUGGGCUUCAUCUUUGGACUGGCCGGAGCUGCAGUCCUGCUGGACAACAGCGCAAGGGACUCGCAUUUCCAGCCGAAAAUCAGGGAAAGCAUGCGAAAACUCAUCAUCAACGCCCAUCACGAGCCGUCCAGACAAGCCUUAGCCAUGAUUCAAGAAGGCAUUGGCUGCUGCGGCGCUGAUGGGGCCAAGGACUACCUUUCGCUGAAGCAGCCGUUGCCGAACGAGUGCCGCGACAGUGUGACCGGAAAUCCGUUCUUCCAUGGCUGCGUGGACGAAUUGACGUGGUUUUUCGAACAGAAAUGCGCCUGGGUGGCCGGCCUUGCCAUGACAAUCUGCUUCUUUUACGUCAUAAACAUUGUCCUGGCUACGAUUCUGAGGGCGGCUCUGGAGAAAGAAGAGGAGCAAUCCCAAACCUACAGAAAAUAGUAAUUAAUUUGUGGUAAACGCAAGAAACAAGAUAAAUGUCCCUUGAAAGAUUUUUCAUUUUCCCGAAGUAAAUAUUUUCAUGACACGAAAUAAAUUCAUCCGCAUUUUUCCUUGCGUUUACUUUUUCGUUAAUUUUCUAAUAAUUUAAUUGCUGUUUUUGUAUUAUUUGUAUUACGUAGUUGUAGUGUGAUCUAGUUAUGAGUAAUGACGUAAUUAUGUAAGGAGUGAUGUUUGAUGAUAUUUCACGUGGAAAUAUCACGAAAUAGCUCUGUCAUGUAUAACAAAGGUAAUAAAUAAUAGUGGUUUCGAGCCUA